GGGAUAUCUUGUGAGCAAAAUGUACAUAUGUCAUCAGAAACAUAAAUUAUUGCUUGAGCGAUUCACAAUUGUUCUUAAGGGUUAAAUUACAGUGUAUUUUUGGGAUGGUAAAAUUAUCCUUGUGUAUGAGGCCGUGAACCAUCUCACUCGAAAACUAUUUAAGAUCUACAGUGAUUUACUUUUUGACUUUUCUAUCGGGUUGAAAUAUGGGGCGCCCCGCGCUGCUUGGGUGAGUGAUCUCAACUUUGGUUUGAAGUUGGCAUCUUAACAAAGAAUGGAAGAUGAUAAGAGAGACGCAUUAUGAGGCCGACACGAUGCUUGUAUCAUACUCCUGAUAGAUGGGAUGUUUUGGGGGUGAUCGAACUCAAUGAUGCAUUAAUAUGAAGACUUGAAGAGAGUGUGAAGACAAAGGAGAAGAAAUAUACUAUGGUAUGUGGGAGACACAAAGCCAAACAAUCAAACCUUACGAGGAAACCAAAAAAAAUUGCCGUAAUUAACAUGUGUUGUCUGAUUUGCACCGAUGCGCCUAGUAACAUGUAUUCUCCACUAACAUGCGCCUAGUAUAAUCCACAAUGUGAUUAUACUUAUUCUGGCAAUCUCAAAAUGAAUGUCUUUUACAUGUUCCAUCUCGUUAUCAAUAUGCAUGUCUGAUAUUUUCACCAAUGGUUUAUUACCUGGAUUUUAUUUGAACGCGGCACACGCCAAGGCAGUAUCUCUCGCCUUGUGGAAUCGUCUCGAUGGCUGGAUGCUAUUGUCCUCCAAUGGAUAUACCAUACCAAUAUACCAUCUCCACCGAUUUGCUCACACCAUUAUUGAGCCGGACUGUACUACUCCCCAGAAUUUAAUUAUGUUUAAGGAUGCUUUGUACUACGUAUUCAUUAGGUACAUAUUAUUGCUCGAACAAAAAAAUAGGAAAAAAGUUUAGACUGUGUGAUAAAAAUUAGAAUAAAUAAAAUGAUUAAAUAAAUUGUUCUACUAUUGUCAAUUCAUCACUUACUCGGUAAGCUCAUGUAUUAAAA